UUAGGGCGUUUUGGAUUCCAAUUUCUUGGGUUAUCAAGCUUCAGCCUUCAGAUCUCAGGUUCUCUACUAUUCCACAUAAACCCUAAAACAAAACAUGGCUGCCGCUGCUCAAAUCAGCAAAAAGCGAAAGUUCGUAGCUGAUGGAGUCUUCUUCGCGGAGCUCAACGAGGUGUUGACAAGGGAACUUGCUGAGGAUGGAUACUCUGGAGUCGAAGUUAGAGUUACUCCCAUGCGCACUGAGAUCAUCAUCAGAGCCACCCGCACCCAAAAUGUUCUUGGUGAAAAAGGGAGAAGAAUCAGGGAGCUGACCUCUGUGGUUCAAAAGCGAUUCAAGUUCCCUGAAAACAGCGUUGAGCUUUACGCCGAGAAGGUCAAUAACCGAGGGCUUUGUGCCAUUGCUCAGGCGGAGUCUCUUCGCUAUAAGCUCCUCGGAGGUCUCGCUGUCCGUCGGGCCUGCUAUGGUGUGCUUAGGUUUGUCAUGGAGAGUGGUGCCAAGGGAUGUGAGGUUAUUGUUAGUGGAAAGCUAAGGGCACAACGUGCCAAAUCUAUGAAGUUCAAGGAUGGAUAUAUGAUUUCUUCUGGUCAUCCAGUGAAUGAGUACAUCGACUCUGCUGUCCGCCAUGUUCUUUUGAGACAGGGCGUGCUCGGUAUUAAGGUGAAAAUCAUGCUUGAUUGGGAUCCAAAGGGUAAGCAAGGCCCAACAACUCCGCUCCCGGAUCUUGUCACAAUCCACCCGCCCAAGGAGGAUGAAGUUAUCCAGAUUGAACAGCCUGUGGUGGUGCCAACCGAGAUUGAACUCCCUCCUGUUGUGGCUUAAGGCCGAUGACGACUAUUCUCAUAAUUAUGUAGUUGGUUUUUGGAGUAUGUUAUUGCCCUAGUUUCUUUGGAAACUUU